AACGAUCUAGAAUCCUUGACUUUUUAGACCCCUCUUUAAGUCUCUCUCUUUAUGUGUCAUUUUAAAUCUUCCUUACCACGAAAUUAAUAACAUCACCCUACACCUUUCAGCCAAACUCUGACGUCCCUCAACACAUCAUCACGCUCUUCUCUUCUCAACACGGAUACAUAUAUUCGUUCCUUCAUUCAUUCCUCUGUUUACUCUAAAACAGAACACAAACAGAACAGAGAACCAACGCCAUGCUUGAUCCCGGGACACACCACCCCACCGAUUCUUUUCAUCUGUACGACGGAACCCGACACAGACCUCACACCACAUGGGAACCCACCAACUCUCUUAUGUGGCCUUCCAAACCGCCUUUGCAAGAACUAAAUCAGGAUGAUUCCGGAAUUUGUUCUCCUCCCAUGUGGACCACCAGCCCCCCACACAGCAAAACCGACCACCGCAGCCUUUCACCCACGUCCAGGACCCAGGCCAUAGUUAGAGGGCAGAGGGAACUCAUGGAAAUGGUCAAGAACAUGCCCGAGUCCACCUACGAGCUCUCCUUGAAGGACCUCGUGGAGCACCACAGGCUAGAGACCGCUGUGGAGGAUCGGAGGAAUUUGACCGUCUACAAGAGGGACAAAAGCACUGGCCGUGUCGGUGUCGGUAAAAGGGUUGAUAAUAAGAUGACACAGGUGAAGAGAAACCGGAACAUUGACCGUGGAGGUUUCUACCUCAAAAUGGGGCUUCCUUUUUCUCUGGGAUCUAAGGACAAGAGCAAGAGCAAUAAGAAAAAGAGUGAGUCCUCUGGGAAUAGCAGUUCAAGAGUUACCCCUAAACCUGAUGGAUCAACAAAGGGUGGUGUUGAUAAGGAGUGGUGGAAGAAGAGCCCUUCGGCGUAUAAAGGGAGUGACAGUGGUGAAUCCAGUAUCAAUAGUGGCAGUUCCAAAAGUUCCGGUAGCAGUAGUAGCAACAGCAGCAAUAGUAGGAGUAACAGCAGGCGUGAAAAGGGUGGUAGGCUUUGCUGGUUUUUCAUUAGCAGACGCAAAAGCCAAACACAGAAGUAGUAAGAUAAGGCAGCUUGUGAUGGAACACGGUGCUCUGUGAUGUUGGUGUUCAUGAUCCUCGGAAACUUCCUCACAAGUUUUACCGCAAGUGAUUUGAUAACUGGUGGAUGUAAAUGUUUAUGAGUGAUGAAGGUACACCACCUUGUAAUCUCGUAAAAGUGCAUUGUGGGGAUGGAAUCUGUAUAAAUGUCACUGUGCUUCGUGUAAUUAAAGCUUUUCUGAUUUCAAAUAUGAUAAGGCAAAUACAAGCAUGCCAAGAGAAGAUUUACUAUGUUCCAUUUUUUUUUUUGUUUAUAUCCUUGGAUGAGUAUGAAACUGCUUGGAAACA